GUAAAUAAUAGGGGCACAGAUACAGCGAGGCUGCUCAAGGCCCACGCAGACUUUACGGAGCAUUUCCAUCUUUCCACUUCGCACUUGGUGCACUUUACUUGCUUGCGGGCGUGCCAUGAAGUAGAGGGUUAUUACCUAUAUGUUGCUGGUUGCCUAAACAGCGGCUAAGGAGGCUUGCAGCGCGAGCGGGAGCGCCGUGUGCAAGAUGGCGGGUGUUCAGGACUCGGGGCUUGGCACCGAAGUGCAGCCUCAGCUUACGUCGAACACAGCUGCCGGAGCGGCCCCGGCCGACGAAGGCGGCAACCCGAGCUCGCAGGGCGGCGUUCCUGGCGAGCCCCAGCCAAUCGUCGCUCCGUCUUCGGCAGUCGCGGCCGAUCGAUCGCAUGACAGUUUGCAGGGCGCCACAGCGGCCCCGGAAAGCCGACCUGCUCAGCGGGAGCCCGGCCUGGUCGCUGCUCCGACCGCGCUGGCGAGUGGCACUGCCACCGCGCCUCCGCCUCCCGCCGCUGUGGCUGGCGGGAGCGAGAACGCGGCCAAAGCGCCCGCUGCCACUGCCGAGCCGGCUGCGGCCAAGUUGGCACCUCAGCUUCCGCAGCCCGUAUUGGCACCCGCAGCCAACGGCCCUAGCACGGCUGCCCCUGCGCCUGCAACUGCUUCGGGGGGCGCAACCGCAGCCGCAGCCGCGCCCGCAGCGCCGCCCGCAGCCGCCAACGGCGUCGCUCCGGCCAAGGCCGCACCCGCCCCUGCCGCUGCACCCGCUGCGGCCCAGACCGCAGCGCCGGCGGCGGCAGGGGCGGCGGAGCCGAAGGGCCAGAAGCACCAGCCGCUCAAGGGCCGGCGCGGCGACGGCGGCUCGGGAUCCGGCCACGCAGACAAGCCCGAACCCGCUCAGGCCGAGGCUGCAAAGGACGGCGAUGGUGAUAAUGACGAUGAUGAUGGUGGUGAUGACAAUGGGGACGGCGAUGCGCGAGAUGGCGACUACCGCGCCACCGAUGAGGAGGACGACGGCGACGCCUGGCAGGAUGACAGCGCAGACGAGGAUUACGACAACGACGACGAUCCGGAUGAUGAGGACUAUCGCGGCGGCGGCGGCCGCAGCGGCGGCGGCGGCGGCGCGCGCCGCCGCGGCGGUGCUGCAGCUGCCGCCGGCGCCGGCGGCAGCCGGCAGCAGCCCAAGCGCGCCGCGGCGACGGUGGCGCGCCGCCGCGGGUACGCAGAGAGCGAGGGCGGCGACGGCGGUGAGGAGGGCGAGGAGGGCGGCGGCGGGCGGGGGCCGCCGCGCAGGCCGUCCAAAUGGGCGCAGCCAGUGGUGCGCCCCGACAACGAGCGCGCACGCAGCCUGCGCUCCGCCGCCCCGCCGCCGCCGCCGCCCAAGCCCGAGCCCAAGCCGGCCCCAGCCGAGGCGGGCGCCGCCGCCGGCAAGCGGGACCGCAGGCCGCGCCAGGGCGGCGACGGCGCCACCGGCGGCAGCGGCGACGGGGCGGUGGCGGCGGCGGGAGGAGGAGGAGGAGGUGGCAGCGGCGAGCUGCGCCGCAGCCGGUCACGCACGGCGGAGCCGGGGGAGCAGGGCCAGGGCGGCGGCGGCGCCAGAUCUGGAUCUGAGUCGGGCGGGGAGGACGGCUACUCGGAUUCGGAAUCCGGGGGCUCCCGCUCGGGCGCUGGAUCUGACUCCGAGCCGGACGACCCCGCGCUCAUGAGCCGGCCGGUGUCGGAGGCGGCGGCGCGGGCGGCGGUGGAGGAGGUGACACACAUGUGGGAGUUUGCUGCGGUGCUGGAGUUCCUGUCCGCCUUCCGCGCGGAGCUGGUGGCGGAGGAGGCGGAGGGCGGCCGGGAGCUCAUGGCGGGGCUGCUGAUGCCCGAGCCCGGCUCCGGCCCCACCAGCGGCCGCUGCUGGCCCUGGUCCUGGUCGCCCGACAUGCUGGCUGACGAGCUGGUGCGCGGGGUGGGCGGACCCGGCAGCCUGCUGGCCCGACUGCACACGGGGCUGCUGCAGGGCGUGUCGCGGCGCAGUGGGCGCCUGGAGCAGUCCACCUGGCCCGCAGUGCUGGCCGCACGCAUCGCCGCCGAGUACCGGCUGCUGCACCCGGGCAGGCACCCGCGCGAGCACUACCACCCACACCCGCCGCUGCCGCCGCCGGGGGCGGCGGAGGCGGAGGCGGCAGCGCCUGCGGCGCUGCUGCCGGCGCCUGCGGCGCCGGAGGAGGCAGCGGCGGCGCCUGGCGGCGCCGCCGGUGUGAAGGCUGAGGUGGGGGCGGAGGUGAAGCAGGAGCCGGAGACGGCGGCAGCGGAGGACGUGAAGGCGCAGGCAGUGAAGGCGCAGGCAGUGGGCGGCGGCAGCGGCGGCGGUGGCGGCGCUGAUGCGAUGGAGGUGGAUGCGCCUGCCGGCGGCUCGGGCUCGGGUGGGGCCCAGCAGGCGGAGGCGGAGGCGGAGGCAGCGGAGCAGGGCACGGAGGUUGGAGUGGCGGCAGCCAAGGCGGAGGGGGAGGCGGCGGAGGGGGCGCCUGCAGCUAAGCAGGAGCAGCAGGAAGACGAGGAGGGGAAGGGGAAGAAGGACUCAGAAGAGGUGGAAGACGGGGAGAAGGCAGCGGCUCCGAAGCAGGCUCCAGGGAAGCAGGCAAAGGGCAAGGGGCAGCAACAGCAGCAGCAGCAGCCGAAACCAGCGGAGCAGCAGCAGCCAAAGCCAGCGGAGCAGCUGCAGGCCAAGAAGGAGGAGAAGGAGGAGGAGGCAGCCGAAAAGGGUGAGGCAGCCAAGCCCGCUCCUGCCACCGGCGGCCGCAAGCGCGGCUCGGCCUCCAAGCUGGUAGCCUCGCUGCCCCCCGUGGACCCGGGCCGGCUGCGGCGCGGCGCGGCGGUGGCGGCGGCCGCAGCCAUCUCCAAGACCGGCACCAAGAACGCGCGCGCCAGCGGCGCGGCGGCGGCGGCGGAGACGCCGACUGGCACGCCGGCAAAGGCGAAAUCGUCGGGUGCAGGUGCGGCGGCGGCUUCGGAUAAGAAGGGGGCCAAGAAGCGGAAGAAGGAGGAGAGCGAGGAGGAGGAGGAGGAAGAGGAAGAGGAGGAGAAGGAGAAGGGCGGUGGAAAGAGGGGCGGCCGCGGCAAGGCGGUCGCUGCCGCCAAGCCCGGAAAGGGCGGCAAGAAGGGCGCGGCCGCGGUUGUGGCGGCGAAGGGCAAGGCCGGGAAGGGCGGCGGCAAAAAGGCGGCGGCGGCGGCAGCAGCCAAGGGAGGGCGGGGCAAGAAGCGACAGGCCAAAUCGCAGAAGCAGCCAAAGCGCGGGAAGCGCGCGCGGCGCGGCGAGGGCGAUGCGGAUGAGGAGGACGAUGAGGAUGGGGAAAGCGAGGAGGAAGAUGAGAGCGGCAGCGGCAGUGAGAGUGAGAGCAAUGAGAGCGGCAGUGGCGACAGCGACAGCGACGACGACAGCAGUAGCAGCAGCGGAAGCGAUGACGAGGAGGAGGAGGAUGGCAGUAGCAGGAGUGGCAGUAGCAGCAGCGGCAGUAGCAGCAGUGAAGAGGAGGCGGAGGAGGAGGAGGAGGAGGCUGGGGCCGCGGGUGCGGUAGGGAAGCCACGUGCCCCGCGCGCUCCGCCGCCGCGGCCCGAGGACCCGCUGCUGCCGUUCUGGGCGGAGCGGGGGCACGAGUGGCGCGAGUAUGCGCGGCUGCACCCGCGCAACAGGGUCCUGGCGCUCAAGCUGCUUGUGGACCUGCGCCUGGAGCGCGACGACCUGCGCGCCGCGCUGGAGGCGCUGCUGGUGCCGCCGCGCACACAGGCGGCGAGGGAGAAGGCGGAGGCGGCGGCGGCGGCGAGGGCCAAGGCGGAGGCGCGCAGCCGCAGCCGCCGCAAUGCCGACGUGCCGCCGCCCGCCGUGCCCCUGGGCUCGGAGGAGGCGCGCAAGGAGCCGCUGGGGCAGGCGGCGGGCGGGGCGCGGCUGUGGCUGGUGGGGCGGCCCGGGGACCUGGGGCUGCGCCUGUACCGGGAGGCGCCGCCGUCCUGGCCCAAGCGUAAGCGAGUGCCCAAGCCUCCGCCUCCGCCGCCUCCGCCCAAGGGCCGCAAGGGCAAGGGCCGGGCGCCCAAGGAGCCCGAGCUGCCGCUCUACCUGCAGUACCAGCUGCGGCCGGAGGCGGCGCCAGGGCGUUGGGAGCUGUUGGGUGUGGGCGCCGAAGGGCUGGGCGCAGCCGCCGAGAACCUCCGAAGAGCCGCGCAGGAGGCAGCGGCGGCGGCGGAAGCCGAAAAGGCAGCGACCGCCGCCGCCGCGGCGGCGGCGUCAGCCGCCGCCAAGGCAAACGCCAAGGGCGGCGGCAAGGGGAGCGGCAAGGGGUCCGCGAAGGGAGGCGCAAAGGCCGCGGCUGCGGCUGCGGCGGCCGCUGAGAAGGCGGCGAAGAGCGCGGCGGCGGCGGCCGCGGCAGCGGCUGCAGCGGCGGAGAAGCGGUUGCAGCAAGACCUGGCCCUCGCCGACAAGAUCUCCUCCGAGCUGGUGGCCCCGCUGGUGGAGGAGGCGGAGCGCAAGCAGCGCAAGGCGGCGCUGGAGGCCAAGGUCCGAGUGGCACUGGGGGCCAGCAUGGGGGAGUACUGGAUCGACAGGCCGCGCCGCACGCGCAAGGAGGUCGAUUACAGCACUGCCGCGUACGACAAGAUGCUCACUGACGCGCUGCGGACAGGCCGGGCAGGGGCGGCGGCGGCGGCAGAAGCCGAGAAGGCGGCGCAGGGCGGCGGCGGCGGCGGCAGCGCGGGGGCGCGAGGAGCAGGAGGAGGGGGCGCGGGAGGCUCUUCGCGGGCGCAGCGUGCUGGCGGUGGUGGGCGGGGCGUGUCGCCUGGUGAGGAUGAGGAUGAGGAUGAGCAUGAGGACGGGGGGGAGGAUGAGGAUGCGGAGGGGCUUGACGAGGGCGGCGGCGCGCGCACGCGGCGGACGCGCGGGGGCCUACCGGCAGUGAGGCAGCGGCAGCAGCAGCAGCAGCAACGCGGUGGCAGCCCGCCGCGGGAGGAGGCGCCGUCCUCACAGGAGGGCGCGAAGCAGGAGGAGCAGGAGCUGCGGCAGGAGCAGGAGGAGCAGGAGCGGGGCCAAGGUCAGGAGCAGGAGCAGGCGCAGCCGGUGCAGUUAGAGGCAGGCGGGCAGCAGCAAGGGCAGGCGCAGGCGCAGGCGCACCAGGAGAACCUAGCGCAGGAGCAGCAGCCGCAGGCGCAGGAGCAGGUGCAGGAGCAGCAACAGCAGAUGCAGGAGCAGCAGAUGCAGCAGCAGCAGCAGCAGCAGCGGCAGGGGGAGGCGACACCCAUGGAGGUGGAUGCGGCCACUGUGGCCGAGGCCGCCACUGAGGUUGCCGGCGGGCAGUAGCUAGGGAGUGGGGCUGUGGGCACAGUGGAGGCGCCUGCAUAAGAGGGAGUUUUGCGCAGGCGGUGUUAGCGCGCGGAGUAGUUUUACGACAGCAAAGCAGCUUUAUGUUUGCUAAUUAUCUCGAGGCGUGCAGGGGAUUGGUUGGCUGGUGGCGUGUUCAAAGGGCACGGCGCAAUGGGCGCCGGCGCUGGGCGAGUUCAUGCCGGCUGCACGACUGGGAGGCUCACGGCACGACUCGUCAGCAUGGAACGCGUGCUUGGGCGUUACGAUCGCCGCAAUUUGAAAGCAUACCAAUGUGCGGAGUCAGACAUUGAGCGUUACAACUGCGUGGUCCCAAGCAAGCGGCAGCGUGCAGCACCUGUAUGGCGUUGACACUACUGCGGUGGCUCUGCGGCUGUUGGCGGGUGCGGUCCUGACAAGUGACUGCUGCUGAGACACCUGAUGCAAUGACUCUGCCAGGCUUGACGUGCCUCCGGGAAGAAGGCUGGUAUGCCGCGGCGGCGUGUGGGUUGCGUGUGGACACGUCUCCCAAGGGCUGCGGCCUCCGGGGACCACAGCCGAGCAGGCAAGGGACAGACAGUACGGUGCGGCGGCGGCGUGUCAGCACCAUGCUUUGUCGCCGCAUCCACGCCCAGAUGGGGCUUAAGCCGUCGGUCGCGGCUCAACGGCUGUCCAUUUGUCCAACGCGCAGGGCAGCACUGCUGACAGGCCUGAUAGGCGGCAGGACCGGUGCUGGCGGGACGCACCCGGAAUGGACAGCUCUCGAAGGCAGCGGCUUGCCUAGCGCUUCGCCCGCCCACCAACAUAUCGAUGC